UAUAAGUAGCCCCCUACUGACAGUAAACUACUUACUCUGUGUGAACUAUGUCACAGCCCUCUUGUGUUACGACCAGAAAGAUUACCCUUUAUCGCGAUGACUUGGUUUCCGUGAGAAGAGCUUCUGACAAUGACUUUAAUCGAACUGCUGCUCCAGAUAAUUUGUUCUUCAAGUCCAGCUUAUUAUCCAAAAACCAUGCAAUUUUGUCAUACACAAACAGCAAGGUAUACAUUCAGGAUACCGAGUCGAGUUUCGGAACCGUUUUGAACAAUAAGUAUGUGAACUUCGGUUCCAAAGUGGAAAUCAAAGAUGGCGAUUCUGUUGGAUUUGUCAUAUAUAAGCCAUACAAUUUCAUCAGACAAAAGUUGGAUGAAGACGCCUAUAUCGAUAUUGACUUGGUCCCCUUGUCAGUGUUUGAUAAUCCCGAUGUGUUACUUCCAUUUGUGGUUUCGGUGCAACGUUCUAGUGAUGAGCUGUCUGUUUCAGUGGUGUUUGAACCUAUUGAGAAUACAAACAGAUCUAAGU